GGGAGGAGGGGACGGACCACGCGAGCGGGCGGGGGAGUUCGGCGGAGGGCGCGCCGCUUCCGGGAGGGGCUCACCUGGCCGGAGGUGCACCGGACGAGCUGCCACCUGCCGCCCCGAGGCCGGGCCGGGCCUGCCGAUGCGGGAGCGGAGGUGACCCGGCGACAUGGCGCUGUGGGGCCGCAUCGCCCUGGGGCUGCUCUGCGGCCUCGUCCUGCCGCCGCCGGGCCCCGCGGAGGGCCCCCCCGGCUCCCCGCCGCCCCCCGCCGCGCACCUGGACGAGGCCACGCUGGAAGAGUUCUGCCGCAUCGACCGGCCCCUGUGCCACGAUGAGGACGAGCAGCUUAGCUUCGAAGCCGUGCGCAGCAUCCAUAAACAGAUGGACGACGAUGCGAAUGGCAACGUGGAUGUGGAGGAGAGCGAUGAGUUCCUGCGGGAAGACCUGAAUUACCACGACCCGACCAUCAAGCACAGCACCUUCCACGGGGAGGACAAGCUCAUUAGCGUGGAAGAUCUUUGGAAAGCCUGGAAGGUGUCGGAAGUCUACAACUGGACGGUGGAGGAGGUGGUGCAGUGGCUGAUCACCUACGUGGAGCUCCCCCAGUAUGAAGAGACCUUCCGGAAGCUUCAGCUCACGGGCCAUGCCAUGCCCAGGUUGGCCAUCACCAACGCCACCAUGACAGGGACGGUUCUGAAGAUGACCGACAGGAGCCACCGGCAGAAGCUGCAGCUGAAAGCCUUGGACACCGUGCUCUUCGGCCCGCCUCUCCUGACCCGUCAUAACCACUUGAAAGACUUCAUGCUGGUGGUGUCCAUUGUGAUUGGCGUGGGAGGCUGCUGGUUUGCUUACAUCCAGAACCGCUACUCCAAAGAGCACAUGAAGAAGAUGAUGAAGGACCUCGAAGGCCUUCACAGGGCUGAGCAGAGUCUCCACGACCUCCAGGAAAGGCUGCAGAAGGCCCAGGAGGAGCAUCGCUCGGUGGAGGUGGAGAAGGUCUCCCUGGAGAAGAGGCUGCAGGAUGAGAUCAGCAUCGCCAAGCAAGAGGCCCAUCGGCUCCGGGAGCUGCGCGAAGGCACCGAGAAUGAGCUCAGCAGGCAGAAGUAUGCCGAGCAGGAACUGGAGCAGGUGCGCAUGGCCCUCCGGAAUGCGGAGAAGGAGCUGGAGUCCCACAGCAGCUGGGCAGCCCCCAACACCCUCCAGAAGUGGCUGCAGCUGACCCACGAGGUGGAGGUGCAGUACUACAACGUCAAGAAACAGAAUGCGGAGAAGCAGCUGCUCCUGGCCAAAGAGGGGGCGGAAAAAAUCAAGAAGAAACGCAACACCCUGUUUGGGACCUUCCACGUGGCCCACAGCUCCUCCCUGGACGAUGUGGACCAUAAGAUUUUGACCGCCAAGCAGGCGCUGAGCGAGGUGACGGCCGCCCUGCGAGAACGGCUCCACCGCUGGCAGCAGAUUGAGCUGCUGUGCGGCUUCCAGAUCGUCAGCAACCCCGGGAUCCCCACGCUGGUGACGGCCCUCAACAUCGACCCCAGCUGGAUGGGGGGGCCCCCACGCCCCAAUACCUCCCACUUCAUCAUGACCGACGACGUGGACGACCUGGACGAAGAGAUGGUCUCCCCCAUGUCCAUGCAGUACGUGGCCUUGCUUUUGGGGCGCCAGUGGAGUGACCGCUCCGCCCCCAGCUCGGACGACCAGGCCUUCUGGAAGCACCCCGCUCCCACCUUGCCAAGCAGCGUUGUUCGUCAGCGCCUGGUGGACCCCCAGCAUUCCUUGGGAUCGCAGAGGUUGGUAGAGAGUCACCAGCAGGCCCCCUGCCAGGGGGAAUCGGGACCGCUGGUACAUUACCUGCCCGGCAGGGUCACUCUGCGCCGAAUGCCCAGCCUCACCGGUGGCGGCAGCAGCAUCGACGUCCCAACAUCUCCGCCUUACUCCUCCUCCUCCUCGGCCGGCCACGGAGCGCCCUCCGCUCCCCCCUGCCAUGGGCUGCCCAUCCUCUACCACCACACCACCUCCUCCUACAUCCUGCAGAUGGAUGCCUUGCCCAACCUGCCCCCUCCCGAUGUCACCUCGGGGACGCACGGCCAGACGGAGAGCUCAGGGGACCUGGCCCACUCGGACUCGGAUUCCUCCAUCCCACACCUGAGCGACCUCCCACGGGCAGCCAUUUCCAUGCCCAAGCUGCGCCCCGCCCUGCUGAACAAACCGGUUGAGGAACAGCAGCAGCACCAAACGGAGCCUGUCGAGUCGGAGACCCCGCUAACAAUGAAGAAGGUGGCCCCGCUCAACCACUACGGGGGGCUGGAGAAGGCGGCCAGCCUGGGGGAGCUGGGGCCGGUGGGGGCCCGUUCAGGGGAUUCCUCUCGGUCACACAGCCCCAGCUCCACUGAGCCCGACACCCCCUCGCCGCCUGCCAAUGGCCGCACCGGGCUCUCCCUCCUGUCUGGCAAGGCAAACAGCCGUAUCCCACACCUGGCGGCCAAGAAGACGGGCGCGGCGGGCGAGGAGGACAGUGGCUCCACAGGCGAGGAGACUGACUCAGGCCCUGGGAAGAAGAAGUUCCCGCUUAAGAUCUUUAAGAAGCCCCGGAAGUAGCCGGAGGACAUGGAAGGACUGGGCAAGCUGCCCUUGGCUGCCCUCCACUGGAACGCCUGGUGGUGACAGAGACGCUCUUUGCUGGGGGGCCUCCUGGGGCCAGAGUGCCCUGCUUGGCUGCGCAUGGCUUGCACCCGCUGCCCCCCUUCUGCCCGCUGCUCCCCCCCGUGCGGUCAGAGCAGGGGAACCCCAACAGGCGCCCCUGGACCACAGCCUUCCCUCGAGAGCAGAACCAAAGCUUCACGGCUCUCGUGGCUGCUUGGUGCAGCCGAAUACAGGAUGGCAACGCCUCGGGGUCCUUGCUGCACCCUGGACCGCCCAGAGCAGCCACACGUGAGCCCGUCUCGCUGGUCUCAGGGCAAGGAGGAAGGCGGCCAUCUGGCCAGCAAGGCUGCAGGGGGGCUGCCCAGGCAACGAAGGGGGGCAGCUCCUUGGGCCAGCCAGCUGCUUUUCGUAAAACUGUUUUGAAUCUAAUAAAGCAUGUAGACUAUUUUAAUAA